UAGCGUCUCAGCAUUUCAUAAUUUUCUUGUUUCCACUGAAAUAACUGAAUAAGAUACACUAGUAUUUAGAUAACCUGUAUUUACUGAUAUGCCUGAACUAAAAGUAUGCCGGGUAUGCCUCAACAAAGAUGUUACAAUGUAUAAAUACGAUCGAUGCCAGUUAAAGUGUUUUUAUGAAGAAAUUAUGGCUGAAAAGAUUGACCAUCGGGACGGACUACCUCAGUGCUUCUGUUAUGAAUGUGCCACAAUGCUGUACAAAUUCCACAAAUUUAAGGAGAAAUGCAAAAUUGGACAGAAAGCCCUCAAAGAGAUCCUUAUCAAAGGAAGUCUUACUUACACAGCUGUAAAUAGAAUAGACAGAGAGAAAAAGAAUCUAAAAUCUAAUCUAGGUAUAGUCAUCGCUAAUGAAAGGGUAAAAACACAGAUAAUAAGACACCGAAGUUCAAAUUAUGAAACAAGGGUUCCGGAAAUCGAAAAAAUUGAAAUUGAUUCUCAGAGUGACUAUUCAGAUGUCCAAGAACGUAACAACUCCGAUUAUGAUAUAGAUGAAACUGCUGUAGAAGAAGUAGUUGUUGAGGACAAAAAGAAUUUAGAGCUUGUGUUCACAGAUAAUGUAAUACCAUUACUGAAUGAGCAGGAAGAUAAGGUUUUCAGUGAACCUUUACUAGUUGAUGAGAAAGUAGAUGAUGAACCUAUUCAACCUAUUGAAGACCCGUCCCUUAAGAUAGAAGAAGAUAAAUUCUCAUCUGACGAUGAAUUAUUAAUUAAAAUAAAAAAACCUGUAAUAGAAAAGAGAGUUACUAGAAAAAGGAAAUCAGAUUGCAUAAAAAAUGGGAAAGAAAUUAAAAAGAAAUUAUUUAAGAAGCCAAAGAAGGUAGAAGAUAUGGAAACGGAGAAAUUUAAAGCUGAAACAAAGAGAGCUAAUUAUUUGAACCCUAAAAACUGGUUAACUGUUUACCUUUCAGAAGAAGAGGCUGAGAAGAGUUUUAAGGCCAAAGCAGAAGAUCCCAAGUUCUUGAAGUCUCCUUUUAGAUGUUAUCAGUGUUAUAAAGGGUUUUCAAAACAGGAUAUGCUGGACAGACACACUAAAUUACGUCAUUCUGAGACUCUCGGACCAAUCGAAUGUAAGUUCUGUCACAUGCGUUUCAAGUGGAAGUGUUUUCUGAACAGACACAUGCCCCGACACUACACUAUAUACAAAUGUUUGAGAUGUAAUUUAACUUGUACGAUUGAAUCAUCUGCAGUAUUCCACGAAGAUUAUCACAAUGGUGUUAUAAGGAAAUGUAAGCAUUGUGGGGAAGAAUUUAGGCACUCGUCGACGUACUACACGCACCUGCGCACGCACCGCAGCCAGUACCUGUGCACGCUGUGCGGCGUCUCGUUCGUGAGCGAGGCCGGCCUGCAUCUGCACAAGCUGGCCAAGCACAUCGACGACAAGCCGUCCGCAGGAGGCGUGAAGCAGCAGGGCGAGGUGAACACGUACUGCGAGCGCUGCGACAUCAAGUUCGAGACGAAGGAAGCUUUUGAGGAGCAUCUCUUUCACUCAGACAUGCACUCAGUGGAGCCAGAAGCGAUGGCUGAAGACGUACCGGCGCCGGCCUGUCCCAAGGUGCUGAGGCGGAAAGGGACGAGGACGCCCCGGAAGCCGACCACUUGCAGCUACUGCGGCAAGGUGUUCCCGACGCAGGCGGCCUGCAUGAAGCACCACCACUCCGAGCACCCCCGGACGCCGUUCUUCCCGAACGAGCCGCGCCACAUCUGCGAGAUAUGCGGUGUCUCGCUGGCUCCGGUGAGCAUCCAGUCGCACCUGAACACGCACACCCGCGAGCGCUUGUACACGUGCACCACGUGCGGCGUCGUCUUCAACUCCAAGAGCAGCUGGACGAGGCACCAGCUGACGCACACUGGUGAGAAGCCGUUCGCGUGCUCCCUGUGCGACAAACGCUUCACGCAAAGCAACAGCGUCAAGCUCCACUACAAGACUUUCCACCUCAAGGAACCGUAUCCCAAGAGAAACCGUAGGAAGAAAGGGGAAGAUGGCGCCCUCCAGGACGACUUCAGGGCGGAGGCCGAAUCGGAAUCGCUAACGCUCGACAGGUGGCGCUGACGAAGACCUGGGCCCUGGGACCGUGGCGUCUGUACCCUUACCGUCUGAAGAGCGCACUGCCAUCCCACAUACACGAGCACUCGUUUACUUGCCACUUAACGAGAUCAACGCGUAUCUAUAGCAACACUGGCGAGAAAGAGAAAGA